AUGUUUCCUAUUUUCUGUUUCCAGUCGGCUCGAUGGCCUCCCCCGACCAAAGCCCAACUUACAGAGUUCAGGGAAGCCUUCAACAUGUUUGACAUCAAUAAGACAGGCAGUGUUACAACCAAAGAGUUGGGAGAUGUUCUCCGAAACAUGGGACAGGAACCGUCGGAAACCGAACUCAGGCACAUGGUGGACGAGGUCGACGAGGAUGGAAGUGGUUCUAUUGAGUUCGAGGAGUUUGUGGAGAUGAUGAUGAACAAAAUCCAUGAAACAGAAUUAGAUGUAGAGCUCAGAGAGGCAUUCACGAUAUUUGACAAAAAUGGCGACGGCUUUAUCGGUCCUAGGGAACUUAAGGAGGUGAUGGCCAUGAUGGGAGAACGACUCACAGAGGUCGAAGUGGAGGCCAUGAUUCGAGAAGCGGACAAAGAUGGCGACGGCAAAGUCAACUACAAAGAGUUUUACGCCAUGGUAAUGAUGGACCCAGCGUGA